AUGGGGAGGCCUUCGGGCGACGGCGGACGAGGCGUCGAGAGCGACGAGUACGGCGGCGGUUCGGUGACGGAGAGGACGGCGGCGGUGGUGGUGCACGGCGACGACGAGCGGGUGGGGGAACGGGGCGUGCGGGAGGAGUCGGAGAGGCGGGCGGUGGCUUCGGGCGGCGCGGCUGGGGCCGGGCUGGGGAGGGGCGCCUGCGGCGGAGGCACGGGAUCGGGCUCCUCCCCGAUCCAAGCGAGUGGGGAGGGAGAGAGUGGGGGUCGUGGGGGAUCUGGGGGAGAUGGGGAUAGGUUAGGGUUUGGGGUCGGGGGUUAA